UCUCAUCAGUUUUCCUCUAUUCCACCACCACCACCACCACGCCCGUUGAGAACCCAAACCAAAUACUACUCUUUUUCUUUCUCUCUCUCUCACACAGAUACACACUUCACCGGAGGGAAGAUACUCGCCGCCACAUUGGUGGUAGCUAGCUCUUACUAACAUGAGCAGGGGGUGUGGUGCGCGUACUUACUUCUAACGGUUAUGAAUCCCACUUCUCUAGACCCAACAGCGCCGCCCCCGCAGCCGCCGCAGCCACCGCGAUCCUCCUUCAGCUGCGACCGCCACCCCGACGAGCACUUCACCGGCUUCUGCCCCUCUUGCCUCUGCGAACGUCUCACCACACUAGACCACUCCUCCUCCAACACCCCUUCCUCCUCCCGCCGCCCCUCUUCCGCCUCCGCCGCCGCCGCCGCAGCAAUCAAAUCCCUCUUCUCCUCCAACCCAAAACCCAACAACUUACCCCCUCCUCCACCACCACUCCCCAAACCCUCCAAACCCACUACGUUCUUCCCCGAGCUACGUCGUACCAAGUCCUUCUCUGCUUCCAAGAACGAGGCUUUAGGCUUAUUUUUUGAGCCACAGAGAAAAUCUUGCGAUGUUAGAGGGAGAAAUACUCUUUGGUCUCUCUUCACACUCGACGACGAGUAUAAGAGUGGUACUAUUAACAACAGUAAACCCUCAAUUGCCGCUUCAGCUUCUUCUUCUUCUUCUCAUCAAAACCAUUGCAAAAAAAUUGAAUCUUUUGCAGCCAACAAGCCCGUUAUCGAAGAAACCGAAAACGAAGAGGAUUUCAAAUACCCUGAAAUUAUAGAGGAUGCUGCUGCUGCUGUGUACGAGGAUGAUGACAACGACAUAGAUGGAGAUGAAAUAAGGUCUGUCCGAGAUUCUCAAUUAGAUAGUUUGAGAAAUGUGGUCGAAAUCGAGGUAAAUAACGGUGAGAUAGUGGAAGAAGAGGUUGUGAAUGUUAGUAGUUUGAAGCAUAUCAAGGACCAUAUAGAUGUUGAUACUCAAGAGAAGAAGAGUUCAGGAGGUGGUGGGUUUUGGGCUGCUGCUUCAGUUUUCAGCAAGAAAUGGCAAAAAUGGAGGCAGAAGCAGAAGAUCAAGAAACAGAGUAAUGGCGACAGCUUCGCCGCAUUACCCGUGGAGAAGCCGAUUUCUAGGCAGUACAGGGAGACUCAGUCCGAGAUCGCUGACUAUGGUUUUGGUAGAAGGUCUUGCGACACAGAUCCUAGGUUUUCACUCGAUGCUGGGAGGAUCAGCUUUGACGAUCCAAGAUACUCGUUCGAAGAGCCUCGUGCCUCUUGGGAUGGUUAUUUGAUAGGAAGGAGUUUUCCAAGAAUGGCUCCUAUGGUUUCGGUGAUGGAGGAUGCGCCAGCUGUCCCUGUUUCUCGUUCCGAUAUGCAGAUUCCGGUGGAGGAAGAACCGGCACUGAACUGUGGUGUAGAUGAUGGUGAGUGUUUGCCCGGUGGUUCGAUCCAGACUAAGGAGUACUACACGGAUUCUUCUUCUUCGAGGAGAAGGAAGAGUCUUGAUAGGUCGAGUUCGAUAAGAAAGACAGCAGCUGCAGUUGUGGCUGAGAUUGACGAACUGAAAAUGGCGUCCAACGCCAAGGUUUCUCCGACAACCGCGGAUUACUUUCACGGGGCGAAAGUGGUGAUGGGGGAUAGAGAAUUGAGGGAUUAUUCGAAUUCACACUCGUUGAGAGAUGAUUGUUCGGAGACAUUCGAGUUGGGUAGUGGGUAUAGGGAUAGUAGCAAUUCUUUGAUUGGAAAUAGUAAUGGAGAUAGAAAGGAGACGAAAAAGUCUAGGAGGUGGAGUUGGAGAAUAUGGGGGUUUAUACAGCGGCGGAGUGGUGGUGGUAAUAAAGACGAGGAGGAGGACAAAUACAGUAGAGUAAACGGGGUGGAGAGGUCUUUGUCCGAAUCUUGGCAGAAUGAAGAUUUGAGGAAUCGGUUGAAUAGGAAUAUGUCGAGGAGCAAUAGUAGUGUGAGUUGGAGAAACGGCAUUAAUCAAAUCGGCGGGAGUAUGAGGAAACCGAACGUGGAAAUGAAUGGGAAAAAUAGGAGGGAUGAUUUUGUGUUGGAGAAGAAUCGGAGUGCGAGGUAUUCGCCUAACCAUGUUGAUAAUGGGCUUUUACGAUUCUACUUGGCUCCGUUGAGGGGUAGUCGGAGAGGGGGGCAAAACGGUAAAAUCAAGCACAAUAAUAAUAAUAGCAACUCACACUCAAUUGCAAGAAGUGUUCUGAGACUGUACUGAGAUUCAAGAUAUAUAUAUAUCCACUAGUUGUUGUUCUCUUUGAUUAAUGUAAAACUUUGCUGCAUUGUUCGUGUUAUUCGUAUUUUUAAAUAAUGAGAAAAAAAUCUUCUUAUGUUUUCUUUUCAUCGUAUUUUCGUGUUUUAUCGGACGGACGGUCUUGAACCGAUCCGAGUAAAUCUAGACCAUCGAAAAGAUAUAAAUCCGAAAGGUUGCAACUGAAUUUUGUUUUGAGUAGAGAUGCAUGAGAUGUUUAAAGUUGUUGU